AUGAUGCAGGAAACGCUUUGCAGUUCGGAGAAACUGUUGCACCAUUCCCGGCAUUACAAGAGCUCACCCGAGUCCAGUUUAGGAUAUCUGAAUUCGUACCAUCCCCAUAGGUACCCUCUAUACAUGAUGCAGCUGUACCGCUCCAUCAAGACCGCAGCCGAUAACAGCCCCUCUCCACACGAUUCUGAUUCAGUCCUCAGUCUGAUAGCAAAAGGAUGCCAUCAAGUGGGUGAGAAAUGGACCAUUACUUUCGACAUGUCCUCCAUCUCUGCGAGUGACGACGUCCAGCUGUCAGAGCUUCGGAUCAGACUACCAGCGUUCUCCGCUUCCAAACACGUCACAUUGGACAUUUAUCACUCACGAAAGCAGGACUGCGAGUCUGACACUGAACUGUGCAGCGAGGAGCGCCUUCUCUUGGGCAGCUUUGGCGCAUCGCCCAGUGACACCAGGUCUCAAUGGAACGUGUUCAAUCUGACAGCUCUGCUCAAAUAUUGGAUGCACCAGGGAGACACAGUGACGCAAAGCCAAGAAGCAAGAGUCCUUGUGAUAGAGAAAGAACACGAGAGUGGGGCACCGGACGACGGAGAGGAAAUUGACAUGGCCUACAUCGGGCAUUUUACGCACAAGAAAAUCAAGGUUCACCAUCCGACAGACGAACGGGUUAUGAUGGUUGUCUUCUCCAAGCACAACCUGUCCCGAGAUGGCGAGAGCGCACCCACUCUCAUCCGUACUGUGGAGCACUCCAAAUACGCAAUUUUGGACCAAGUCAGCCGUGAAGCUCAAGGACGACGCCACAAGAGAAACCGAAUGGAGAGAGUGCGAAUGGCCGGCGGAAUUGCAGCUAAUGCUACUGGGUCCUCGACUGAAGCCGUCCAACGCCCACUCUGUCGGAAGAUUGACAUGUGGGUAGAUUUCGACCACAUCGGCUGGAACGAGUGGAUUGUGUAUCCAAAACGCUACAACGCCUUCCGCUGCGAGGGCGAGUGCCCUACUCCGGUGGAUGAAUCCUUCAGUCCCACCAACCACGCAUACAUGCAAAGCCUGUUGAGACUGUACCAUCCGGAUCGCGUGGGUUGUCCGUCCUGCGUGCCCACGCGCCUCAGCCCGCUGUCCAUGCUGUACUACGGGGACGAAGACGUUGUGUUGCGGCAUCACGAGGACAUGAUCGUGGAGGAGUGUGGCUGUCACUGAUACCCCAGCCACAUCGGGCCCGCAACCACAAAGACUAUUGUGAAAACACUUAUUUAAAAGGCUUCGCU